CAACGAACUGGCCACUCUGCCUUCGCGCAGUGUGUAGCGUGUCAUCGUUCCGAUCGGGUGGCCGGAACCACAAGUGCAGCGAUGGAAGACGACGAUCGGAGAAAGAAGACACGUCGGGAGGAAAAACCGAAAAAGAAGAGGGUAAAAACGAACCGAUUCGAAGAUCCCAGCUCGUCCACUUACGAGGAGGCGUUUCAUGGCACCGUGGACGAGUACAACCGUCGCAGAAAAGAUCCGAAGGCACACAUAGAGGAUCGGCUUAGGCGCUACCUGAGGUUCGGAGCGAUUCUGCAGGCGAUCUCGGAGCUAACGGGGAUACCACGGCUGGAACUUGUGACCGGUGGUAGAAGUGAAGGCCAAGAUCAGCGCAGUGGUCACGGUCCAGACUUCCAUGCGGCACACGUCAUCCGAGUUGGUCCUGCCAGUGAACGAUUGCGGAGCACCAACCCUUACCUGUACACCACUUUGAUCGACAUAAUCGGCCACACCCAGGUGGUGGAAAGGGAGGCGAACGUAUGGCACGGCAUCGGCGGUGAGAUCGAUCGGUUUCAGUCGGAAAAUUUGGAACUUCUCGCGAGCAUUGACUUUAACCGCGAGUAUAAUAGAACGAAUGGAAAGUGGAACAUGGAACGGAACCUGGAAAGGCUAUUGAAACGGAUGGAUCUGGUGAUCCAAAGUGAUGUGUUUCUGGAGUGGGAUUUUCCUCGCACAACUGCAGAGUGGAUUGGGUCACCGGACUAUCUCCACGAAUACGCCGCCAGUCAUUACAAACGGUUUAUGAAUGAUUAUUCGUGUCGAGAGGAAGCUUCUGAUGAAUCAUACCGUUCCGAUGAAGACGAAUCAAGCGAUGAAAACAUCGAGGAGCCGGCUCCCUAUAGUUCUCCGCGAUCAUACGUGCAUGAAACGCCGCAGGAUCAUAACCGUAACGCCUCGAGACAAAGCGAAAAUCCUGGGACCUCGCGAAAAAGCGAAAACGAGACAAAUAGAAACGAUCGUGGACCGCCAUGCCCUUUUUGUGGUCAGUACCAUUCUGUGCAAUCGUGCACCAUUCUAUAGCUACGCAAAGUGUGUCGCCAGGACGCAUAAAUUACGAGAAUAAAGAUGCUAGAA